AACACUAACCGCUGCAAGUUUGCGCAUGCGCCGAAUGGCGAUUUAUCAGUGACUAUUCUUUGAGUUAAAUAUUUUUACUUAGAAAUUUUAUCGUUAGUCGGUAAUAUAUUUAUGUAAACGUGUAAAAUAUUAGACACUUUAGUGUAACAAUGAUUUUGAGAUAAAUUGUUAUAGUGUGUAGUUUAGUGUUGAAAGAAAUAACAAAAAAAUAGCAAUAAAGUUGGAAGUGACGAUAAGUGUUGUGGUUUUGUGGCAUGGGGAGAGUGCGCGGCGGCGUGCCAUCUGCAAGGCUGUGGUGACAUGGGCUGCAUAGCGGCCUCCGCGGACCGUGGGCUCUCGGAGUGAUUGGAGUGCCGGGCUCCGUGCCUGCACAACACCUCUAGUAUUAUGAACAAACGUGAGAGCAACAAGGACAAAGAACGUCAGAGCGACGACAAAAGAACAUCCACCGCGACCGGCGCGGUGGGCGGCGGGCGAGGCGUGGGCGGAAGUAGCGCGAUGCACACAUCGAGGCACUCCGUCACGUCGUCCUCCGGCGUCCUCAUGGUCGGGCCCAACUUCAGGGUGGGGAAAAAGAUCGGGUGCGGCAACUUCGGCGAACUCAGGCUCGGGAAAAAUCUCUACAACAACGAGCAUGUAGCCAUCAAAAUGGAGCCGAUGAAGUCGAAGGCUCCGCAACUGCACCUGGAGUACCGAUUCUACAAGUUGCUAGGCACGCACGCGCCGUCGACCGCGGAGGGUAUCCCCGAGGUGUAUUACUUCGGGCCGUGCGGUAAAUACAAUGCGUUGGUGAUGGAGCUCCUGGGGCCGUCUCUGGAGGACCUUUUCGAUCUGUGCGGCCGUCGAUUCUCUCUAAAGACUGUGUUAAUGAUCGCUAUGCAGUUGCUCCACCGCAUAGAGUAUGUCCACACGAGACACCUAAUAUACCGGGACGUGAAGCCGGAGAAUUUUUUAAUAGGUAGAACUGCAACUAAAAGGGAAAAAAUCAUCCACAUCAUUGAUUUUGGUUUGGCCAAAGAAUACAUAGACUUAGAGACGAACAAACAUAUCCCAUAUCGGGAGCACAAGUCACUCACUGGGACUGCGAGAUAUAUGUCAAUAAAUACACAUUUAGGGAAAGAACAAUCUAGACGUGACGACCUAGAGGCUCUCGGCCAUAUGUUUAUGUAUUUUUUACGUGGUUCCUUACCCUGGCAGGGUUUAAAAGCUGAUACACUCAAAGAAAGAUACCAAAAAAUUGGUGACACCAAGCGGGCGACACCGAUCGAGGUGUUAUGCGAGGGCCACCCCGAGGAGUUGGCCACGUACCUGCGCUACGUGCGGCGGCUGGACUUCUUCGAGACGCCCGACUACGACCAGCUGCGGCGCAUGUUCCGCGAUCUGUUCGAGCGGCGCGGCUACGUCGACGACGGCGAGUUCGACUGGACCGGCAAGACGAUGUCAACCCCUGUGGGCUCCAUUCAAACGGGACACGAGAUUGUCGUCUCUCCGAACCGUGACAGACAUCAACCCUUCCAUAAGGAUGAUUUGUGUGAUUAUAUAAUUGGUUUGGUUGAGGACGAUGAGGCGGCGCUAAUUUCGGGAGAGGGCGCUGUGAAGGACUCGGGAACCGGCGGGACGGCCAACACGGGCAACUGGCCGCCCAGCGGGAAGGCCACGCCCCUCACCACCGGCCACCUCACCCCCGCGGAUAGGCACGGAUCCGUUCAGGUGGUGAGUUCCACCAACGGAGAGCUGGGAGCGGACGACCCGACGGCGGGCCACAGCAACACGCCUAUAACCCAGCCACACCACGAGGUCGACGUGGUAGACGACACCAAGUCAGUUUUCCAGCUACAAUCCGUGUAUUCCAGGUGUUGCUGUUUCUUCAAACGCAAAAAGAAGAAGUGCGCCGCGCGAGCGGGCAAGUGACGCGUGCGAGUCACGUGACCUCCGACCGCCCGCCCGCCCCGCGUCCGUGUGUGUUGAUGUACUGACGGUUGCGAUUCGAACAACCUUUUCUAAGCUAGGUUACACUAU